AUGAUAGUGAUUUCAAUCAUCACCCUAAAUGUGGCCCCCCUAAAGAUCACCAAUUUAGCUUUUGUGAAUGAUUUGAUGCUCUUUUCUAGGAGAGAUGUCAUAUCGGUGAAAAUUCUCAUGGAUUGCCUCUCAAAAUUUGGUUUGGUAUCGGGUUUACAGUUGAACAUCCUCAAAUCUAGUUUGUAUACGACGGGGAUUCAUGGACAACUACUUGAGGAUAUCUUGCAACUCACAAAUGUCCCAAGGGAUAGUAUGCCAUUUCGGUAUUUGGGCAUUCCACUUGCUUUGGGAAAGCUAAAAGUAAGUUGUUAUGCUCCCUUUCUUGACAAAAUUACAACUUAUAUUGGUGCAUGGAAUUGCUCUUCUUUGUCUUAUGCGGGCAAGGUAGAACUUAUAAGGGCGGUUCUUCAAGGAGUUGAAUAUUUUGUGCUUUCUAUCUUCCCUAUCCCGGGUACAAUUAUAUCAAGGAUUGUUAGCCAUUGUCGAAAAUUCCUUUGGGGAUCUAAAAAGCCUUUGGUUACGUGGAAGGAUCUUUGCCUUCUGAAAGAUGAAGGGGGCCUCAGCUUGAAGGACAAGAGUUGGAAUUUAGCGUUACUUGCUAAAUCCCUUUGGAACAUACAAUGGAUAGGUUUGGCAUGCUCAAAACGGGGGACAAUAUCAGCCGAAUCUAGACAGUCUGCUAAGUCUGGCGAAUGCUCAGAACAGGGUGCCUAA